AUGGAGUUCCUAAGGAUAUUCGUGACGACCCUAUGUCGUCGCUGGUUUUCGGUUCCAAAACCUGCGGAGGAACUGAGGGAUGUGAUUUCCGGUGCUGCGGCGAGGGACUUCCGCCGGAUUCCGGAACGAUGCGUUUAUCGGAAGGGAGCCGGAGCGUAUGGGUACUUUGAGGUUACCGAGGAUAUUACGGAUCUCUGUGCAGCGAGGCUGUUUGGAAGACUUGGAAGGAGGACUCCGGUUGUGGCCCGGUUUUCAACGUUCAUGGGCGAAAGUGGAUCGCCAGAUUCGGUUCGGGAUGUUCGUGGGUUUGCCGUUAAGUUUUACUGUGACGAUGGGGUGUGGAAUUUGGUGGGACACAAUAGUCCGGUAUUUUUUAUAAGGGAUCCUGUUUUGUAUUCGAGUUUGGUCCAGAGUCAGAGUAGGAAUUCGUUUACGCAUUUGAAGGAUCCUAAUAUGUUCUGGGAUUUUUUGACGCUGCAUCCGGAAAGUACCCAUCAAGUUAUGAUUCAGUACUCGGAUCGAGGGAUUCCGGAUGGGUUUCGGCAUAUGAAUGGGUAUGGAUCGAAUACUUAUAAGUUGGUUAAUGAUCUUGGUGAACCACUUUAUUGCAAAUUUCAUUGGAAGACAGAACAAGGGGUACAAAAUUUGGAGCAAAGGCAGGCAGUUCGGUUGGCUGGUGAAGAUCCGGAUUAUAGUAUUCGGGAUUUGUACGGAGCCAUUUUGAAUGAAAAUUUCCCAAGCUGGACGCUGAAUAUUCAAGUUAUGACCUUCGCUCAAGCAGAGAUGGUAGAGUUUAAUCCGUUCGAUGUGACGAAAGUUUGGCCACAACAAAACUUUCCACUGAUUCCGGUUGGACGGAUGAUUUUGGAUCGUAUUCCAGGAAAUUACUCAGAAGAGAUCGAGCAGCUAUCUAUGGAUCCCUCAGAGAUGGUUCCGGGAAUAGAGCCUUCUCCGGAUAGGAUGCUCCAAUGCCGGAUCAGCAAUAGCUACUCGGAGGCUGCAAUCCGUCGAUUGGGAUCAAACUACGAUCAAAUCCCUGUUAAUUGUAGCUCCUACAUUGAUCCGAACGCAUUUUGUGACCCGGAACCUUGCUCCAGAAGUCAAUCGUUACCGAUAAGUAGUGGAAACGUAUAUCGAUACGAAACCGGAUUGGAUGAUAAUUUCUCACAGGCCGCCCAAUUUUAUCGUCAAGUUUUGGAUGAAGGUGCCCGAGAACGUUUAGUGGAGAAUAUUGUAGCUCAUCUGGCCCUAACGGCAACUUUCAUCCAGGAACGUGCCGUGACAAAUUUUUCCCAAGUUGAUGCCGAUUUUGGAAGGCGGAUAUCCGAAGCACUUGCGCUGCAUGGACUUGUAAGCUGA